AUCCUCAGACCUCACGCCCACUGCUCUUAAUUACCAACAGGUUGGGAGAGGCAGCAACAACACACACGACAUCAGUAACCCACGCCUGAGAGAGGAAGAACGCACUACAGAGAAGAGAGGGACUGCUCACAGAAACAAGUACAGUGACCAGAAGAGUAGCAGGAGGAUGUCCUGUCUGGAUGAGGUUCCUUUUAAGACCCUUCUGGGAUCUCUGGAAGGGCCCAGGGAAGAGGUGGAGCUGAUCACUGCCCCAGACAUCACUGUCCCAGACUAUCUCACCAUACUGCAGGAGACAGAGUACAUGUUCAGCUUGGAGAACUGGGUGCUCCAGGGCCUCCAGGGUGGUUACCCCAGCCAGCCCCAACCCCCCGGCCCCAGAUCCCCAUCCGAGGUGCUCCCCUCCAGCCCACCCUACUGGCACCUCUUCAGCAGCCCCCAGGAGAGCCGCCUGGCCAGCCGCCACAGCUCUGACUUCUGGGAACCCAACCCCCGCCAGCGCUCCCACAGCCUGAACCCAGUUGACAUGCGCACCCGGGUCAAGUUUGUCAUCUCCGACUCCGAGGAGGAAGAGGAGUGCUCUUCGUCGGAGUCUGGUUCAGGGUACAGGUCGGAUCAGCGUGUUCCUGGGGUGAGGAACCCACUGCAGACCUGCACCCCUAACGUCCUGAACCUACCUGGCUCUCAGAGUGGUCUGGUGACCUACCAGCGUAGGAAGAACCUCCGCCAGUACUCGCUGUCCGUUCUCGAGACCUCCAGAGAGUGUAGCCAGGGGACCCCCUGCCCCCCAGGAGGACCCAAGCCGCUGUCCUCCUCAUCCCUACCCAGACACCCAUUGACCAGGGCCAACACAGAGAAUGUCCCCUCCAUCAGACACCACAAGCCAACCCAUCCGUCCCUGAGUCUGUACUUAUGCCUGCCGGCCCUUCCCUCGGUGACCUCACGACCCCUGGGUUCCCACGCCGCAUCAGUGCUGGACUCCUCAGUGGAGCUGCUGUCCGCGCUGAGCCCCGAGGAGAGAGAGCUGCUGCAAGCCAUCACUGAAAGGGGCUAUCCGCUCCGCACCGCCAUCAUCGCCCUGCAGAAGAUCGGCCAGCAGAGCCCUGAACAGGUCCGUCUCAAAACACAGUCACAAACAUUUCAUAGACAUGAAUUUGACCAGUUUCGAGAAUGA